UUCACUUUCUGUUCUCUGUAAAAACUGCUGCGUUAUACCCACGACAGUCGAACGGAGAUACGACCUAAGAUACUUUUAUUUAUAUCUGACAGCUGACUUCAGUAACAGCUGAUACUUACUGACACCAAAUCAUCCAUCGUGUGACUCGAUCAGCUCAAAGGUGAAGUCAUGUCACUAAUACUGAAGGAAAUAAUGCGCGACGACAAAGGAGCAGCUGAUGUGUUGAAAAAGGCUAACUUAAACACCGUCAAGGACCUGAAGUCACUGACUCGACAGGAUCUGCAUGAGCUGUUCCCUGGAGCUGAGCAAUUCAAACGGAGGAGGGCCAUCUUUGAUAUCAUACACAAACAGGAACCAGUUGAAAAGCUGCUGAGAGAAAUUAAGGAGUUCAUCCCAGAUCAGUCUUUCAGAGAUGCUCUAACCAACAAUGGAGUCUUGGUGGAUUACCUCCAAAUCCUGAAGGACAUGAAGUCUCAAAUGGAUAAUGUCCAGAGUUUCCUUGACGCUCACAUCAAUCUUCUGGAAGAAUAUGGUACAAAACAGCCGGACCAGAUAUCAGCCCGUCAUGAUCCACUGACGCUCUACAGUGGCCAACCUGCUGGCCAUCAACAAGUAGCACGAGAUGCCUCUGACAGCAGUGAUCAAAUGAUGACAUCACCUGGUAGCCAUCCACAAGGAGAACGAGGCACAGGAAUCUCGAACAGUGUUCUUCAAUGGAUUUCUUUUAUUUGCCCACCUGGUAACCAUCCACAAAGACUAAUAUGUUCAAGUGCCUCAGCCACCUCUGGUCCAGUUGACUCCCUCAAUGACCAAACCAGUGUCUAUCCACAAGGAGAAAAUGACUCUUCAUCAGGUGCAGAUUACUUGGACCACUGUGGUCCAACGAGUGUUACCCAUGCACAACAACCACAAAGCGAACCCUUCAUCGUUUUGUCUCCACAGGACUUUGCAGAAACCACACUGGUGUACCAGAUGGUUGUCGCUGGUAAAACCUUUGAUGCCCAUCUGCAGCUGAUGGACAAAGUGAAGGAACAGGUUCAGAUUCCGAUUCAGCCCGCUAGAAGCGUUGAGGAUUACCAGGUCACUUUUGUCUUCUGCCCCAUCAGUUCACGCGUUGCGUCAGAUGUUGAGGCAGCCAUGGCUGAUGUUAAAGGUGAUAAACCUGUCAUUCUGGUGUUGAUGCAUCACACACGGGAGGUCAGGUACACAACACCUAUGAGAACGUGGAAUGAUGACAGCAGAGUUUUGUUGCAUGUCAACGUUUUCUACCAUGAGACACAACGUGGAUUACUGAAGUGUGAGCAAAAUAAUACUGCUGCCUCUGAGAUACGAAACAAAUUACUGGACUUCAUUAGUAGAAGUGAAGUUACCGGUGGAAAUGCCCAGGCUGUGGGUGCUGAAAGCGGUUUGCCCGGUAGUGCUUCUGUUGGAGGUGGUGGUAACAACGGCCGUUCUAACAUUCUUUCCAUUUUUAAAAGGCAUAAUUAGUUGUUAGUGUUGGUGGUGGUCAUGAUGGUAUUAUGCCAGUUCACACCACAAGUAAAACUAUAUGUAACGGAUUGCAUCAACAGCAAAAUAAAACAGAAAAAAAUAUAUAUUUAGACCAUUCACAGGUAUCAGAGAACAUUAUUUUAUCCUCUGUGGUAAAAUCAGAUCAACGACGAGUGGUCUAAUGUUGUUAUCAUUCAUAUUAAUCGUGGGUGUAAAUAUCUAAACAAAGAGUUCACUAUUGAUUUCCUGCUAUGGAAUAACUACAUUUAGAUCAUGUAACUUGUGUUUUAACAGUUUUUGAUGCAACCAUUCAACAUAAAAAAACAAAAAAAAAAUGACAUUGGAGCUGCCAGUGGCCAUCAGACCUUCUGGAGAGUGUUGAUAUAAAGUUAAUUUUGAUAAAACACUUCCUAUAAUCAAAUAUACAGUGUUCAGUUCUCCAGUUUAUAUUAGUUGUUUCUGUAUAUAUUAAAAUUGGAAUCAACAGUAAGUGAUUCAAGAGUGUCACAUAGCCUGGUAACAAGCUAAAGAAUUAACUUCGUGUAUAAAUCUAGGACAGAUAUUAAACAAUUGAUGCAAAAAUAAAGAGUAAAUAUGAAGGGUUUUUUUGCUUUAAAUCAUGAGUGCAUAUUUGCUGUACAUUAUUGUACUUUUAUGUUGCAGAAAGCAUGUGUAUGGUGUGAUUAUUAAUAGCCCUAAUACUUUCAAUAAACUGUUAUUAUGGGUGUAA